AAAAAUUGUAGCAGCUGCUAAAGCGAGCUCAGUCGAGGCGAGCGCGCCCUCAAGUGACGUAGUGCCAAGUUGUCAACAUAGCGGUGGAAAACAAUGCACGUCCUCCUGUUCCUGCCGCUCUUCGCAGCCUGCACGGCCAUGCCUUCCUACAUAGCAGUCCCGGCUGAUCAGAUCGCCUUCGUCGACUUGUCGGCGUUGCGCGUGCGACGGGUGCCAAGACAGACGCUCACCCCUCCCCCGCCACCCCCGCAGUUACAGCAGGCGCCGCUGUAUAGAGAGUACGCCGCCCCGGUGCAUGAAUACGUCCAGCAAGAGGAAUAUCCAAUUCAGUACCAACAGCAACCAAUAGCACUAGCCCCAGAACCAGAGGCCCCUGCGAGAAUAGUACAAAUCCAAGCGCCCGCGCAGCGCGAUGUGGCCAACGCGGCGUCGGCGCUGGCGGAGCGGCCGCCCGACUUCGGCGAGUACGUGGAUUUCGGCGCGCACACAGGAGACAGCGGUGCCUUUGGCUGGUACGCCGACUACCCCGUCAAUGGUCAUGAGGAUAGCUAUAGGAAGUAGCGAGGUUAUACGUACCCGGCUGCGAGAUAUUAGUGCAAAGUUAUGCUCGUUUAUUUUUUAAAGUUUGGCUCUCUAUGGGAUGACAGUCAUCACAUGCACUUUGGUUAGAUGGAACUUGCACAGUAUUAUUUGUAGUCAAUAAACUUAUGACUAAUGAAAACAGAUCAGAAAUGUGGUCAUUGUAAUGAACACACAAUGAUAAAGAUGAGCCAUUUGAUAGCAUUUAUCAUUUAUUAAUAUCGAGGAGCUUACUCGCAGUCGGGUAUUAAAGCCAAAGGCCCAACACUUGCCAAUAGAAUAAUACCCUAUUUAUUGAUUCUAAUAUUACGAUAUGAAUCACUGUUUGAAGCAUUGUCAUCGUCGCUCCUUUGAUCUGGGUAUGUUAUUUAAUUAGUGGGAGUAUUACCAAAGACAGUAUUCGAUCCAAGUGAUAUGUAGUUAGUAGAGCCGAAUUACCGCACAUUUGUUUCAAACGGUUAAUUCCGCGUUGCACUUAUUUUUAUAUUUAACGUUAGUUCCUCACUUAGGUUAAGUUUUUUGAAGAACACUGUGAUACGUACCAAGUUAGAAACUUUUUUCUACUCUUCUGCUUUUGUUACUGUUCCUUUCUGCUCUUUUAUUACAAUCCUUUAUUUUAAAUUUAUUUCGCUUCAUACUUUAACGAAGUUACCAUGUCCAAAUAUUGCAUUUUUUUUUUAAAUAUUACUUAUCGGUGUUAAUGUUUAUUCACUUAAAACAAUAUAGUCUAAUUUCUAAAUGUUAUUUUUAUUCACUGGUAUAACUACUUUCUUUGUUAUAAGACUAUGUUGUUUAUUUCUUAUUAAUUUAUUGGACUUCAUGUCUGUUUUUAUUGUCACGCUUUAGACUUCUUUUAGUCGCUGCUAUUUCUUCUUUUCACCUUAUUUAGCUUAAGUAGCCACUUAUAACUUGUUCUAUUUAAAACUCAUGCUUAUUUUCUUUACUGUCAUAUUUUCCUUCUUGUUUAUUAAUUAUUACACUCAUCUUUCUUUAUAAUUGUCUUUCAUUAUUCACUCAAGCUUUAUCAUCUGCUUUCAUUUCUUUUCUGCUACUAUAUCACUGCAUUUUUUUUUACACUUUCCAACUACUUUUUUCUUUAUUUUACACUUUUAUUAGUUCGGCUAUUCACCACCACUGUCAUCAUUUUACUAGAUCGCUCUGCUUCAACUCUACAUUUUCAUUCACCCAAGAAUCUGUCUUUUCUAUCUUUACAUUCACACUAUUCAUAACUUUAACGUAUAUGGUAUUUUUUUACUAUUUUUAUGAAUAUUUGAGUUUAAUAGGUGAACACAAUUGUAAAAUAUUCUCUUGAAUUUCACUUAUAUUUAUUUUUUUGACUUAUAUAUUUAUCUAUCUACCUUCAUCUAUCUUUAUUUCUUUCUAUAAAAUGUCCCUUUUCUUACUUAUUUUUUAUGUUCAUCUACUCCUUUACACCACAACUUUACAAGAAAAAUAACCCUCAGCAAGGGUUAUUACUUUUCUUUAUUUCAUAGUUAUUUCUUGCAAAAGACUUAAACCUCGAAUUCCUCGACUUCUUCUAUACAGUUUCUAUUUUCUUUCUUAACAUUAUCAUUAUCACACCAUCUUCAUUUUAUAAUUUAGCAGAUAUCUUAGUUAUUUACUAAGACGAAUAUUUUUCAAAACCUCCUUUUGUCUGCCUACCUUUUGACAUUGUCUUCUUGUUUUUCCUUUUUUAACUAUUGUCCUCUGAUCUCUACUACACUACUGUCUACUUUAUUUCUUUUAUCUUUAAAGUAAUUUCUCCUUUCCUUUGCUCACACUGUUUAAUCUUUAUCAUUGUCGUUCUUCUACUACUGCCCAUUUUCUUUAUUUCUUAUAUUUCUAAAGUCAUUUCUGUUUUUUUUCCUUAGCUGAUCCUUUUAAUAUACUUAUCUUUAUUAUUUUCGUGUUUUGUGAGUUUUCUUGACACUUAUUUUUAUUAUACUAUAACCUCAGUUUCCUUCUCUUGUCUUCUUCCGCACAUUUUUCUUUUCGUGCCUUUACUAGCUCCUGUCGUUUUCCAAUAUUUUUUCCCUGUGUCAGUCUUCCUGUCUUCCUUUUUUUGUCUAUUACUAUCUAUUUUGCUUUUCUCGCACUUAAUUUCUUUUUCAUUUAUUAUCUUCCUUACUUUACUAAACGGUAUUUUUCGAAAUGUUACUUGUUAUACGAAAACAUUAUGACAGUCGUAUUUCGGAUCCACAUGUACAUUAUUAUAUAACAGAUAAAACUUAAUUUAACACCAUGUGAAUAAGUUUUGAUAUUGUUAUGACAACGUGUACAAUUGAAUUAUAUAAUUAUAUACUAUUGUGGUAUAAACUAUGCAAUAUGGUGAUUCAAUUACAAUAUGUUAAGCGUAAUUGUAACUAUAGUCUUGUUCUAUCUAUUUUUAUUUCAUAAAUUUCAUUUUCAUUCUUACUUACCACUUUAACUAUUUUUUCUUUUAAUUUUUAACUGUUUUCAUUCUUAUAUCUGUUUAUUGCUUUCUUCUCUAUUUUUCGUUUCACUUUCAACUUGUUUUGCCUACCUUACAUUUUUCCUAUUCCUUCUAUACUUUCUUAUUCUUGUGAUCUCUUACUUGUGUUUUUGUAUCUAUCUGGUGUACGACAAUAAUUUGAGUGUUGGAUUUUAAUUAUCUCUCUUAUUUUGACUGUGCCAUUUUCUUCAUAUUUCUUUUCUGCAUUAUUAUUAUUACGCGUCUUAGAAAUUGUUCAGUAACAUUUAUUUACAAGGUAUCUACCUAGAUACUUUACACUUCUAUUCUCCAUAGUGUCUUCUAUUCAUCUUCUUUUCUAUAUUUCUUUUUCCGUGAUUUUUUUAUUUGCUUUAUAGACUAUCAAUCAUUUUUUUCAUUCUAUAUUUAUUGUUGCCUUAUUUCAUUCUUACUCCUUGACAUUGAUCAACACAAUAAAACCAAGCUAUUUUUUAUUUCCUUUCUUCAGGAGUUAUCCGAUUUUAUUGUCAGUUAAUGAAACCCUAUGAACGUCUAUCUACAUAUUUUCUAGUCUCGAUUUAUUUUCUACACUAUCACUAUUAUUGUAUCUUACUGUAGUAUCUGUCCUUUCUUAUAAUAAUAUCAUCAGCCUUAUGCGCGAUUACAUUUAUGCAGACAUGUGUUUGUGUCGCAUUUAUUCUUGUUUACUCUUGUUUUCCUACUUUUCUUAAGUACUUCAUUCUACCUGUUCGACUUUUCUUUUCUGUUAUACUUAAAGUUAUACAAGCCUUCAUUCAUUUACUUUUAACGUUUUCUCUGGAUUAAUCGUAUUUUCCUAUCAAAUCUUGAACACUUAUUUUAAUUAUUUUUCCUGUUUCACACUGUCCUUAUAAGAACACUACUUUUUUAUCUGUUUUUUUUGUCACUGAUGGCUUGCUAAUUGUACUCACCAGUGGGUAUUAGUAACUGUACUUGAAUAGUGUUCACUUAUUCAACUAUAUAUUUCUCUAUCUGUUGCUCUCUGUCUCUCUUUAUCUCUCUCUUUUAAUUUCUCUUUUUCCUUUUGCUCUUCUUAGUUUCUUCUAUCACACUCUGUGUAUUAAAUCUUUACCCAUGAAAUCUUGAAUAAUAUAGACUUUCCUUCUUGGAAAUUUUCCCAUUUUCAUACUCUUUAUUUAUCACGCUACCACACGUUUCAAAACCCUUUCAUUCAUUUCACUAUUACAUAAAACUAUUUUCAUAUUUCCUAUUCUACCUUGCUCACUCUUGCUUUGCCUUAUUUUAUGAUACGAUAUCACUUCAUUCCUUUCGCUCAUUUCUUUAUGUACAUUGCACUUACUUCACAUAUGAAUACUUGCAUAGCAACUCUCCUUAUUCACCAUUUAUUACAUCACAUUUGGCCUUCAUUCAUACAUGUGCAAACGAAUAUAAUAUUAUAAGCGGCUGCAGGUUUAGCCCGUUCUAGCACGUUACACUAAACUUUUUCCUCUCCUCGACUUUCACUACUUUUCUUACUAUUAUCAUACUAUAAGUAACUAUCUUUGCUACUCUAUAACUAUAAUGACAGUCAUGACAUACUUAAAUUCUACUUCUCACUCUUAAAUUCUUCAUUUAAAUUUCCUCCAUUUCACCCUCUUGCCUAGAAUAUUAGUUUCCAAUCAGAAUAUAUUGUAUAUUUUCUUAUAUUUUUACUUGCCUAUCUUUUUCCAUUUACUAUAUCUUACCUUAUUUCUAGCCUUUCUCUUACUGAAUCUUGUCCUCUCCUCGACUACUUCGACUUUCCUUUUCUUAAACAUUACUUUUACCAUACAUAUUUGUGUUACUAUUACUAUCCUUGCUAAGUUAUCACUAUUAUCAUAGUGAUGACGUACUUAAAUUUUACUUUUCACUCUUAAAUUCUUCAUUUAAAUUUCCUCUAUUGCUCUUUCCUGCCUAGAAUAUUAGUUUCAUAACGGACUAUUCUUAUAUUAUCUUCUACUUUACCUUGCCUAUCAGCUACAUUUACUAUAAUAUAUCUUACCUUACCUAGCCUGUUCUAGCACCUUAUAGUUACUGAACCUUUUCCUCUCCUCGACUACUUCGACUUUCCUUUUCUUAAACAUUACUAUCUACUUCUCUUACUAUUACUAUCUUUGCUACUCUAUCACUAUCAUAAUAGAAAUAGAAAUGACGUACUUAAAUUUUACUUUUCACUCUUAAAUUUUUCAUUUAAGUUUACUUCAUUUAUGCUUCACCUUGCCUAGAAUAUUACUUUUAUAUCGGACUAUUUCUUAUAUUUUCUUCUUGUUUUACUAUAUCUUACUGAUUCUAUUUUUACUCUUCACUCUAUUAAAUUUUUCAUUUAAGUUUCCUUCAAUUAUGCUUCUUCUUACUAUAUCUUACUGAUUUUAUUUUUACUAUAUCUUACUGAUUUUAUUUUUACGAUAGCCCUCUUACCUUAUUUCAAUUUUAUUUCUUUUCUUUAAGAUAUCACUGUUGUUUAAAAUUUUACUAUUUAAUAUAUACCUACAUAUAUAACUUGUAAUCAAGUCCCUUUUCAUGGUUUAUUUUUUUUCAUCUUGAAUUCCUUCAUGAGUCCAAUCUUAAUCUUUUCGCCUUUUUCUUUUCACCUCUUUACUUCUUUCUUUUCAUUUCUUUAUUCAUUCUUGUUCUUACCAGCUUGGUACGCUUUAGAAAAGUCUGUCACUCAGUAUUGUUAUUUUUAUGAUGUUGUUAUUUUUUAUUAAAAUUUGUUGUUGUUAUAUUUUUGUCCCUUUUUUCACAAGAACCUUAUUCCUUGACUGAUUCUAACCAUAUUAUGUAUGGAAUGAAGAGGUAGAUAUAAGUAUAUACCAUCAGUCACACCUAUCAUCAUCGUGAAAUGUAAUUUGGUAUUGCUAAUAACACACAAUUAAUUAAUACGCAAUAUUAAUAAAACCGCACGCUCUGAA